AAUCUCAGCCAAUCAAAACAAAGGAAAGUUAACAGAGUCAGACGACAAUGUUUUUAAUUAUUGUGUAUCAGACGAUAAAUUCAACGAAUCCCAUCAAAUGCAUCCGCCCCAUGUUGCAUCAUGCCUAUCGUUUCACUCGGCCCGCGCCGGGGAUGAGCUGGUCGUAUCCAGGGUCGCUUCCAGGGGCGCGAUUCGCUGGCAGCGCUGCGGUUUGAAUUCAGGAGGAAAACGCAGUAGGCCUACAUUGCACAAGUGAAAGAUUUUUCUUUGGGACAAGAUUUUGAAAUCGGAAAGCUACUCUGGCAAUGGAGGAAUUCGUCGGUAAAGUUGUCUUAAUCACAGGAGCUAGCUCAGGAAUUGGAGCUGAGACUGCCAUUGAAUUUGCUUCGUCAGGGGCCAGUCUGGCUUUAGUGGGUCGAAAUGAAGAGAGGCUAGAGAAGACUGCCCAUGACUGUUUGGCAAAGGGCCUUUCAAAGGAAAAGGUUCUUACCAUUAAGGCUGAUAUGUGUGUAGAAGAUGACGUGAAGAGGAUCAUGGACUCAACUAUCACACACUUUGGGAAAUUAGAUGUCUUGGUGAAUAACGCAGGUCAAGCCAGGCUUGAUUUACUCAUGAGCGAUGACAUAAUGCAAAAUUUUGAUGAGCUACUGAAGAUCAACGUAAGGUCUGCUGUUCAGCUCACCAACCUAGCAGUUCCUCAUCUCAUUGCUUCGAAAGGUUGUGUGGUAAACAUGUCAAGUUUGGCUGGAAAAAGAGUGUCCCCAAAGUCGCUUUCAUACAACAUUACACGGGCUGUCACUGAUCAAUUCACACGUUGCUGUGCUCUGGAUUUGGCUUCCAAAGGUGUCCGAGUUAAUGCUGUCAACCCAGGAGCAAUCGAGACACCCAUUUUAACUGGAUUUGGAGUACCAGCAGAUCAUAUUGAUGAGGUUUUGGGCAAGCUACACCCCAUGGGAAGGGUAGGACAAUCGUCGGAGGUCGCCAAGGCCAUCAAGUUUCUUGCUUCUGAUGCUGCCUCCUUCAUCACAGGAGAAACCCUGUCAAUAGAUGGCGGCAGACAUGUUGCCUGUGCACGUUAGAAUCCUGUGGUCUUGUACCAAACCAGUUUAUUUUUCAUUAAGACAGUUCUGAUAUGCACCUUUUUGCAUUUACGCAGCCUUGGAUGAAGAGAACUUAUUCAGAUAAUGUACCUGUACAUCAUAUCGGUAUUUCAAUGCUUCAGUGGCCAUACAGGGCCCUAUACAGUACCGUGAUCUGGUUCCGUAGACACUGAUUUUCAAACUGCCUGGUAUAUUUAUAGUUUCAAAGACCCUUUAAGUUACCCUUGUAGUCAGUUUCUUAGACCCCCAUUUCAGGAUUUUGUGAGGCACAUCUUCAUCAGAAUUAAUUUGAGCACCCCUCCCCCCCAUUGCCAUGAAUUUAAUUGUUAUCUAUAUUAAACACAUUAACUUAUAUUGUUAGUUAUAUUUGUGAUAUUUUUCAAAACCAAGUUGAAGAUGUGUUUGGUGCACAUGUUUCAUUAUAAUCGUAAGAUUUGUACGGGCCAGUGUAUUCUGUAUAAAUCAAAGGAUUAUUUUAAAAUCAGAGCAUCACCAAAUUCUUCUCUCAGGGAAUGGUCAAUAAUGAUAGUGUUUUUAUCUGAAUUCAAUUGAUUUGUUGGUACAGCUCAGGUAAAUUAUGUAUUAUCAAGGAGUCUACUCUUAAACUACUUAGAGUCAAUGAUAUUUCAAUUAAUUGUGGACAUUCAUGAAAAAUUGUGUAUUCAAGACAUUUCUGAAAUAAUUUGACAUUUAUUUUCAAUCAACCACCCACUGGUUUACUGCAAUUUCUUGUUCAGGGCAGGCCAACAUAACACUAAGAUUUAUGAAAAUUAGAUUAAGGUCAUUCUAUAUGGGCAAUUCAAUUCUGGUAAAAUUAGAACA